UACAUUAUUGCCCACAUGGUGGCAAGUCAUACUGACUUUCAUUAAACUUGAAGACUUGAAAGGCUAUCAGAAGUCAUCUGCAAUUUGCACAACAACCCAAUCAGAGCAGCAACAGCUCUGUCUCUUCCUCUUCUCCGAUUUGUGACCAUGAAUGGAGCUCAGAACCUGAACCAUGGCCGAACGGCCUACCACUUCCAGCCUGCCAGGUGCUGGCAAAAUGAUCCCAAUGGGCCAAUGUACCACAACGGCAUGUACCACUUCUUCUACCAGUACAACCCUCGCGGCCCGACCUGGGGCGACGGCAAGCUAUCAUGGGGCCACUCCGUCUCCGGCGACCUCGUGAACUGGGCCGACGUUGGCAAUGCGCUGGACCCCACGUCCCCGUUCGACGUCAACGGCUGCUGGUCGGGCUCCGCCACCGUCCUCCCCGGCGGCCGCCCGGCGAUCCUCUACACCGGCAUGGACGACGCCGACAAGGCGCAGGUGCAGAACGUGGCCUUCGCCAAGAACCCCUCCGACCCGCUUCUCCGCGAGUGGGAGAAGCCCAGCUGCAACCCGGUCAUCCCCAUGCCGGAGGACGUCACGGGCAACAACUUCCGUGACCCCACGGAGGCGUGGCGUGGCCGCGACGGCCUAUGGAGGGUCGCCGUCGCCGCCGAGGUGGCCGGCGUGGGCUCCUUGCUCGUUUACCGGAGCGCGGACUUCCUACACUGGGAGCGCAACCCCGGCCCGCCUCUGCACGUCGCCAGCUCGCGUGACGGGGACGGCCCCGCCGUGCUGGAGUGCCCGGACCUGUUCCCGAUGGCGGCACCCGGCGCGAUGGAGGGUCUCGACGUGUCGGCGAGCCGCGCCGGGGUGCUGCACGUGCUCAAGCUCAGCGACUUCGCCAAGGAGGACCACUACAUGGUCGGGCGGUACGACGACGAGGAGGACACCUUCGCGCCGGCAGAGCCCGAGCGCGGCGGCGACUGCGCCAACUGGCGCCGGCUCGACCACGGCCACCUGUACGCAUCCAAGUCCUUCUACGACGCCCGCAAGAAGCGGCGCGUGCUGUGGGCGUGGGUGGACGAGACCGACGGCGGCGGUGAAGGCAGAGGGUGGGCCGGCAUCCAGGCGUUCCCGAGGGCGAUGUGGCUGGACACCGACGGGAAGCGGCUGGUGCAGUGGCCAGUCGAAGAGAUCGAGACGCUGAGGAGGAAGCGGGUCGGCCUGCAGUGGGCGACGGAGGUGGAGGCCGGCGGCAGGAAGGAGAUCGCCGGCAUCGUGAGCUCGCAGGCGGACGUGCAGGCGGUCUUCGAGGUCCCGAACCUGGAGGAUGCCGAGACGUUGGACCCGAAGUGGCUGCAGGAUCCUAAGGGGCUGUGCGCCGAGAAGGGCGCGUCCUUGCCGGGCGGAGUCGGCCCGUUCGGGCUCCUCGUCAUGGCCUCCGGCGACCUGAAGGAGCACACCGCCAUCUUCUUCAGGGUGUUCAAGCACCUUGACACGUACAAGGUUCUCAUGUGCACCGACCUCACAAAGUCAUCUACGAAAGCAGAAGGGAUAAAAAUCCCAUUCUACGGGGCAUUUCUGGACGUGGAAGUGGACAAAGACAGGAGCCUCUCGCUCAGAACACUGAUCGAUCACACUGUGGUGGAGAGCUUUGGCGACCGGGGGCGGACUUGCAUGACGGCCCGCAUGUACCCGGAGCACCCGGCGACGAGCAGGAGCCGGCUGUACGCGUUCAACUAUGGCGCCGGGGCCGUGAAGGUGUCCAAGCUGGAGGCGUGGGAGCUGGCGACGGCGGCCGUGAACGGUGGCGGCGUUAUAUAGCUCGGUUGCGACGGGCGGAAGUGGAGCGGCGCGCCUUGCGUGAUAAUUUGUGAUGUCUUAUCCUUUUUCUGUAAUGAAACAAUUAGAAAAUAUGGUUGGAAACUCUAUUUCAAUA